CGCGGAUUAACUCAUUGGGUCCGAGUGAGCACCCGACCCGCAUCACAAACCCUCUCAGACUCGGUUGAUUUUAUCAUUUCGGUAUCCCUUCGCAGUUCUCUCCCCUCUCCAUCUCUGCUGCUUCAACAUUUUCUCUACCGACAUUGUAACGAUUGAAAUCAAUCCGACUUCCGGACAAGACCUGUAAUCUCCCUCCUCAAACGAUGUCGUACGAAGAGGACGAGGAAGCAUUCGAUCACGCGCUCCUCGUCGUCCGCGAGGUCUCCGUGUUCAAGAUCCCUCCCCGCCCCACCAGCGGCGGCUACAAGUGCGGAGAGUGGCUCCAGUCCGAUAAGAUCUGGACCGGACGCCUCCGGGUCGUCUUCUGCAACUCGCGCUGCGAGAUCCGCCUCGAGGACCCCAGCUCCGGCGACCUCUUCGCCGCCUGCUUCGUCAACCCGGGCCAGAGGGAGAUCGCCGUCGAGCCGGCGCUGGGCUCCUCCAGGUACUUCGUGCUGAGGAUCGAGGACGGGCGUGGGAAGCACGCGUUCAUAGGGCUUGGGUUCAAUGAGAGGAACGAGGCGUUCGAUUUCAAUGUGGCGCUGUCGGAUCACGAGAAGUACGUCAAGAGGGAGGUAGAGAAGGAGGCGGGAGGCUCCGGCGCCGUGGAAGGUGGAGAGGACGGGCAGAUCGAUAUUCAUCCCGCCGUGCACCAUAGACUUAAGAAAGUUCAGGUUGAGAUCUUUGGAAAACCUGCUAAAUCUGAGUGGGCAGGCAUGCUAUCUGCUGCUGGAAAAUCCAAAACUUUAAGCCUUGCUUCGCCACCAAACACGGCCAUGAAAAUAAGGUCCCCUCUUCCUCCUCCGCCCAAUGAUCCUGCUGCUGCUAGAAUGAAUUCAACCAAUCAUGGUGGUGGUUUGAACAGAGCCAAAGAUAACUCGAGCAACUGCAGUGAUUUUCUUUCUGAUCUUUCUCAACUCAAGAUCCAACGCCAUCUUCCCUUUGACCCUCAUGAUGAUGAUUUAACUCAUCAUCUUUACUCUGAUGGGCCCUUCAUUGCUGCAUUUACUAUCGGCCGUACUAUUUCGACAUGGACCAUGCGCAUUAUACUUACCAGACCAAGUUACUUCUCUAAAGUUGACUACCGUACUCAAUGGAAUCUCAGAGUUAGGGACAAAAUAUAUGUAACGGUAAUCGGAGAGGGCAAGAAGAAGGGCGUCAAGUAUUGGGUGUAUCUGAACAACCUAGGUGCUGCGUGGGGACGUAAUGGCAGAGAGAUGGUAGCCAAGAGGAUGGUUGUUCAGAUACACCCAAUACUUGACGCCCUUUUUCUUGCCCUCUCCGAUCACCGUUACAUAUAUUUUGUCCCUAACUCUGAGAUUCCACUGAGUACGGUAGUCAUCUUCAGGGAAGUAACGGGUCUGGUAAAUAUCAUUUGCAUGGUCCAUGUCGAAAUAGUACGGCCUGACAGUAAAUGCAGCAAUGAAGGGCCCACCCGAGUAGAGAUUUUCGAUUUGUCUUUGUCUUCACCAGCCGUUGAUUUCUCACUCUUCGUUUGUGGUGGUGGUAAAGAUACCGAGUGCCUUAAUUUUACUGUGCUGCUACAAAUAUCUUCAUUUGUACUAUUUUGGCCAAAUUUUGUGGAAGACAUCAGUUGA